AUGGAGGAAUCUCUCGUCGAUUGUGGUGAUUUAUCAUGUUUUGAAUGUUCAGGAGUGUAUAGAAUUACUCCAGUACCAGGGACGUCGUUCGAUGUGUAUUGUGACACGGAAACAUCCGGAGGUCCUUGGACUGUUAUUCAAAGACGAUUUGAUGGUUCGGUCAACUUUACUCGAAACUGGGAAGACUACAAGCGUGGAUUCGGAACUCCUUACGGCGAAUACUGGUUGGCUUUUCGAAAGAGAAAUGACCUACGGUCGAGUGUGCAAUUACUGAUUGGUCUGUUGCUAUCCUUUUUCAUUAACACAACAUUAGGUCUAGAGUAUAUUCAUAGCCUUCUUACCCUGGACCAAAGGCUGAAUGUGAAGUUAGAAGGAUGGGACGGGACAGUUAGAACCGCAGCUUAUCGUAAAUUUAUCAUUGAAAGCGAAUCUGAUUUGUAUCAGCUGACUAUUGAUGGCUUCACUGGUGAUGUCGAUGAUCAACUCACACAACAUAACCGACAGCGUUUCUCUACCUACGACAGAGAUAAUGAUCUAAGAACAGGGGGAAGUUGUGCCGACAGUGGCAGAGGAGGCUGGUGGUACAAAAAUUGCUACACUGCCAACUUAAACGGUGUUUACGCCUUUGACAAAGGAAUCGAUGUGUCGCUUGAUGCCGGUCCGAAAUCCGUCAUUUUUAAGGAACGAGAUUGA